AUGCAACCGAAUUGUCGUAAAAAUGAUAAGGACAGUGAUGGUAAUGGUACGCGAAAUGUGAAGGACGAGGACCAUAGUUCGGAUUCGGGUGAACUGUGCAACAGCAUAUUGGAGAGUUGCCGUCGAGCUGAAAGUGCCGAACGCGAAAGCAAAGAAGCAACAAACGGUAAUGUGGCAAGAUUUGCUAAGAAGGAAUUGGACUACAUAGCUGAAAUGUAUUGUGCAAAUUAUGAUAUUUUUCACAAGAGUUCCCUAGGCGGAGGAAGGGCCAAAGAAGCCAUUGCGUUGAAGAGAAAGCUGCUACAAGAAAUGGCCGAUCACCUUUCUGCAAUUGUCGAUGAAAAGCGUACCGUCGUACAAGUCGAUCAGAAAAUUCGUGAUGAGAUUAGACAAGUGAAGAAAUACCUACGCUAUAAGAGACAAGAUGCUCUGGGUACGGGUGGAUUUUCGAGAGAAAUCAAGUUGUCAUCGAGUCAGCAGUACAUCGCCGACAAAUUGAAGAUGAAACCAAGGUUUUCAGGAGUGGAUUACAGUGAACUUGAGUUGCGUUUGGCUGAGAAUGCUGUCGGUCUCCUAUCGUUGCCACUGUCAGGAGAGCUGCCCAUGGACUAUGCACCGUCCUGUUCGAAUCCUUCCACCCUGUCAUUCCCUGCCGACACGACCAGCAACGGAGAGCCGCCGCCCCUUUCACUCGAGGCGUCCCUUUGUUCUCUCAGUGACUACCACAGAACAAAGGGGCUGGACCUAACACUGGAAACACUAGAGGAACUUCAAAAAGAAGCUCUGCGAGCUGAAACUGAGUGUGCUCGAGCUCGUAUGGAAGCAGCUGUUGAAGAACGACGGUACUGGGAGGAUAAGCGUGCUUUGUUAGCUUUGGAAAAGGAAGCACUUCUGGCCCAAAACCCUUCUCGGCAGGACGACGAUCACAGUCAGGAACGUAUCUCAGCAGCCAGUGAAGAACGUCAGUUUUGGAAAGAAAAACGGCGAAUUCUGGGCUUACGAAGGCAAUGUGUUCUUGAACAAUUAGACUCAUUAGAUUCAUUGGACUCGCUUUAG